AUGAAGAGCAUCAACCUUCCUACUAUCCCGGGCUCGGACCGGAUUCGGGGCACUGCCCUAACGAUCUUUGUUGCGUUCGUUUGCUCGUGCGGUUUCUUGCUUUUCGGUUAUGACCAAGGUGUCAUGUCGCUGCUGAUUGAGGAGCCCAUGCUGGCUUCGACCAUGCCCAAAAUUGCCAAGUACGAGCCUGAUGGCGCUAAUACUGCUGAUGAAUAUGCCAGGACGCACCCUAAUGAUCCUAUUCCUUACUUCCCGGAUCAGUUCGAUUCCAACGUGCAGGGUGCCGUUCUUGGUUGUAUGGUUGGUUCACUGUUCUUGCUUUGGAAGGGUGAUGUGAUUGGUCGUCGCUGGAGUGUCGUCAUUGGAUCUACGAUCAUGAUCAUUGGUGUCAUCAUCAUGGUGGCCGAUGACACGAUUGGUCCCUUCACUGCUGGUCGUGUGAUUGCCGGUGUGGGUAACGGUUUUAACACUACGACGAUUCCCAUGCUCCAGUCGGAGCUGUCGCGCCCGCAGUACCGUGGUCUUCUUGUGUUCAUUGAAGGUGCGCUUCUCGCCGGUGGUGUCAUGAUUUCCUACUGGCUGGACUUUGGUUUCUAUUUCCUCAAGUUCAACAGUGUGCAAUGGCGAUUCCCGAUUGCGUUCCAGAUUGUCUUUGCUGGUAUCCUGAUGCUCGGUGUUUUUGUCAUGCCUGAGUCGCCACGUUGGCUUGUUAAGCGUGGUCGCAUUGAGGAGGCCAAUGCGGUGCUCUCGCGUCUGCACGACAAGCCUAUGGAUGACCCGGCUGUGCAGCAGGAGCUGCAUACGCUUGUGGAUGCAAUUCGCAAGGUGGAGAUGGAUCUUGGUCCCUUCAAGUAUCGCGAGUUGUUGACGAACGGCCCGCAGCAGAACUUCUACCGUCUCGCUCUUGGUUGUGGUGCUCAGUGCAUGCAGCAGUGGACUGGUAUUAACAACCUGACCUAUUAUGCUAGUACUGUGUUCAAGAUGGUGCAGCCGGACGAUGUUGCCUCCCGUCUGCUGGUGUGUGGCAGUGGUGUGCUGUACUUCCUUGCCGCUUCGGUCGCUGUGUUCCUGAUUGAUGUUGCUGGUCGUCGCACGCUGAUGAUUUCGUGUGCCUUUGGUAUGAUGCUUUGCUAUGCCAUUAUUUCGGGUAUGGUCUACAUGGUGGACCCCUCGACAAGCCCCGACACUCCGCAGAGCUCGCGUGACGUGUACGGUAAGGUGGGUGAGGCCUUCAUCUACCUGUACUUCAUUCCGUGGUCGUUUGGCUGGCUGGGUAUGACUUGGCUGUACCCGCCGGAGAUCAUGCCGAUCCGUAUCCGUGCGGCGGGUACGGCGCUGUCGACCUGCACGAACUGGCUGAUGAACUUCACUGUCGUCAUGAUUUCGCCGCCUGCUUUCGAGAACCUGAAGAACCAUACCUUCACCAUGUUUGGUGCGUUCAACUUUAUCUUCAUUCCGAUCGUGUACAUGUUCUACCCCGAAACCAACCGCCGUGGUCUGGAGGAGAUGGACCUGUUCUUUGCCGAUGCGCACCAGGAGGGCUUCUGGAAGCCGAGUCGCUUUAUGACGACGGCUGCCUACCUCUCGAUUACUCGCCCAUACCUGACCUCGGAGGAGCUUGAUGCUAUCAUUUCGAAGCGCGACGAGAUGGAGGCCAUCCCUGACAGCGAGGCGAACCCCGAGUUUGCGCAGGGUAUGCCGAACGAGCCGAAGGAGAUGCCUGUGAACCCUCCGAACCAGGCUUGA